AUGGAACUAAGUAAACAUUUUUACCGACGUUCUUGUCAGUAUUUUCAUAAUUUGUAUCGAUUAUGCUCUUUACAAAGUUUUCAUAGUUACUUGACAGAAGAUUCAAUAUGGACAGAUGAACAAAAGAAGUUUGACCAAUUGGCAACUGGUUGGUGGGAUCCAAAUGGGCCAUUUGCGUUGCUUCAUCGAAUGAACACUGCCCGUAUUACCUAUCUUCAUCAGCAAAUAAGUUCAAAUGAUACUACAGCAGCUAUACCAAGAGAAUUUAUUAGACCAAUAGCUAAAACUAUGCCAGUAGAGUUACCUAGGGUUGAGACUAAAGCUACCAUUGGGUCUGCUUACAAAAUUGUGACUAAAUUGAUUCCUAAAGCUAUUAAACAUAAUAUAUCUUCUAGUAGUAGAAGUAUUGGUGUUUCUGUUGAAAAAUGGUUAACUGGUUGGCGGAUACUGGAUGUAGGAUGUGGUGGAGGAAUUCUUGCUGAAUCACUAGCACGAUUAGGCGGUAAUGUUGUUGGGAUUGAUAUGUCAAAACAAGCUAUUCAAGAAGCGCAAAGACACCAACGAACCGAUCCAGUAGUAGCAACAAAUCCAAUAUAUCAUGUAGCAACAGCAGAACAGCUACUUCAACAAGAACAGAAAUUUGACUUAGUUAUGGCAAUGGAAGUUCUUGAACAUGUUCGUAGACCAGAUAUUCUUCUUGAAACAUUAUGUGGGUUACUUGCGCCUGGAGGCCGACUUAUUAUAUCAACAAUUGAGCGUACAGCACUAUCAUUUAUGUUAACUAUCUUUUUAGCAGAACAUUUGCUGCAGCUUGUACCGAAGCAAACACAUGUAUGGCACAGGUUAAUUCGGCGUUCGGAUAUUAAGAACUGGCUUGCAAACUGUUCUAAUGUUUCUCUUGUUGAUUGUAGAGGUGUUAUUUACCUUCCUUGGUAUCGUACUUGGAAAAUUAUGGACCCUGGUGUUUUAUGGACUCAACAAUGUAACUAUUUUGUUACUAUUCAAAAAAAGCCUCAAAAAAUGGCAUGUACUAAAACAGAAAGAAAUAUUGACAAAAGCAUUGAUUAA